AUGGCUUCUGAUCCCUUCAACAGGAGCUCCUCCUCCUUUGUCCUGGCGGGUAUCCCUGGCCUGGAAGCUUUCCCCACCUCCCUGGGCGUCCUGUUCUGCUCCGCCUAUGUGCUUGCCGUGGUGGGAGAUGGUGUUUCACUGGUCCUGGGGCUGGACGAGGCCCUGCCGGCCCCCACCCGCCGCUUGCUGGGCGUGCGCGUCAUCGACGCGCUCGUGGUGCCGUCCGUGGUGCCCGAGACGCUGGCCGUGUUCUGGCCGGGCUCUGCUGAGGUCGGCUACGAGCCCUGCUUUGCGCAGGAGCUCCUGUCGGGAGCGCUCCUGCCCGUGGCCGUUGACCGCUCCGUGCCCGUCUGUCACCCGAGGUACCGCGCCGUCCUGAACGGCCAAGAUGCCCGGACAGGCCUGGCCGUGGUGCCGAGGGCUGUCCUCGCCAGGGUGCCCCUGCCAGGGCUGGGGACAUCCCUGUCCUACGGCGGCUCCGGCGCCGCGCCGCGCUCGUACCGCGAGCGUGUGAAAAACCAGGGUAACAAAGUUAUUUCUACAUCGGCUCUCUCUGCCGUGUCCUACGGGAUGAUCCUGAGCGCUGUCCCGGGGAAGGAGUCCUGCCGGAAGGCGCUGAGCACCUGCGGGUGCCACCCGUGCGUGGUGCCGCCGUUCCGGGUCCCCGGCAUCGCCUGGGUUCGUUCCCAGCCCUUGGCCGGCGCCGUGUCCGUGCGCAGGCGGGUGCUGCUGGCCCAGCUGCACCUGAGCCUGCCCGCCGCGCCCAGCGCCCUGGAGGACAGCCUGAGGGCCAGGCAGCCCCGCCGGGCUCUGCUCGGGGUGCUCUGCCCCAGCAGGGUUCGUGCCCGGUGCAGGUGGGCUCAUCUCGGCAGACGCAGCCCCAGCUGCCUUCCCAGCGAGUGCACGAGGUGA